AAUACAUGUCGCUCAAAGCAGAUCGAAAUGCAUUUCUUAAGUAAAGUUACUUCCCUCAACAGAAAAUGAAAUAGCUCGUAUACAAUAUUCAUGUUUAAAAGUGUGUUUACAUCGCAACACGACAGAGCUCUUCGAGUAUGUCUCAAUAAUUACCUCGUUUAGGUUCCGACAUAUUGAUAUAAUACUGAAUCAGUCAUACGUUAACAGCAUAUCGAAGCGUCAUUAUGGAAACAUAUAGAUCGACAUCUGAAUAGACUACACCUCCUUCAGAGGGAUAUAUUGUGUCACCAGAAAUGUCACCCAUAUUGUAGGAGGAAGUACUGUGUGUGUAGAGGCCUCCAAACUGUGGCUAUUAUGGCAACACAGCUUGUAUUGUCAUGUCUAGCCAGUAUGGCUGUCCCAGGGUUCUCCUUUUCAACGUUCAAUGCGGCUCGCUAUAAGCCAGCCAGUCAGAGCUCAGUCUACAAUGUGCAUACGACAGCAGAGAAGGCGGUGGAUGGCAACUAUGACCCCCUAUUCGGAAAGUCAUGCGCAUGUACGGGAAUCGACGAUCAGGCGCCAUGGUGGAGUGUGGAUCUUGGCCGGGAGUAUCACGUGACGUCUGUUAGAAUUACAAACCGAAAUUACUAUGGUUACCGUCUACAUGACUUCACUGUUACUGUGAUGAAGGACAAGAGUGCCACGCCCACUGUUUGCGGACAAUAUCCGGGGGCAGCUGCCGAUGGUGCCAAUGUCACCGUGACCUGUGCUAAUCUCACGCUGGGACGUUACGUAAACAUUAGCAAGCCAGCGACGGAAAGCCACGACCUUCUCACUCUUUGUGAAGUGGAAGUCAUGGUACUUAACAGAUCACGAAUGACCUUCCAACGUCUGGUAGGAAAGAAGAGCAGCCAGGAAAGUGGCAUCGUUUCCAUGGAAACCACACUGCCUGACUGUGUACAUGCCUGCUUGCACUCGGAUUCUUGUGUGGGUGUGAACUACAGCAGUGGGUCAUCCCAGUGUCAACUACUCACAACAACCGCACACACUGACGUCGUCAUCUACUACGAAUGGAGUCUGUAUGUUGUUAUGCCGUGACUUGUAACUGUAGACUCGCAUUGUAACUGUAGAAUCUCACUGUUGCCUCCAGCAACCACAGAUGUAAGAUGUGUGUAGUUUUACCCUGAUCUGUAACUGU